ACCUCAAAUAAAAUUAGAAAGAAGAGAAACCUCAGUAAGCCAUUUCUCAGAAUCAGAAAUGGCGGGUUUUUUCUUCCGCUCUCUUUACUCAUCCACCAGAAAAUCCAUUUCCAACUUCAGUACUAAAAAUCGGUACUUCACCUCUCGCACUACCGCCAUCACUCCACGCGUCUUAUCGGCGGCGAGUUAUGCCACAGCUGCCGCUGCCGCCACGUCAGCUCCGAUUAAUUCUUCAUUAGACCCUAGCCGGUUACGAAACGUCGCCGUAAUUGCUCAUGUGGAUCACGGGAAAACAACGCUUAUGGACCGUUUAUUGAGGCAGUGCGGUGCUGAUAUACCUCAUGAACGCGCCAUGGAUUCAAUCAGCCUUGAGCGUGAACGUGGCAUUACAAUUGCUUCUAAGGUUACAUCGAUCUUAUGGAAAGAGAAUGAGCUGAACAUGGUUGAUACACCUGGACAUGCUGACUUUGGUGGUGAAGUUGAGCGGGUCGUUGGGAUGGUUGAAGGAGCAAUUUUAGUUGUAGAUGCCGGUGAAGGUCCACUUGCACAGACAAAAUUUGUUCUCGCUAAAGCAUUGAAGUAUGGGUUGCGCCCACUUCUACUCUUAAACAAAGUAGAUAGACCUGCAGUGUCAGAGGAGAGGUGUAAUGAAGUUGAGAGCCUUGUUUUUGAUCUGUUUGCAAAUCUUGGUGCUACAGAGGAGCAGCUGGAUUUUCCAGUUCUAUAUGCUUCUGCUAAGGAAGGGUGGGCAUCCUCCACCUAUACCAAAGAACCAUCUGCUGAUUCAAAGAAUAUGUCACCGUUGCUUGAUGCCAUCAUAAGACAUGUUCCAUCACCAAAAUCAAGCCUUGAUGCACCUUUUCAGAUGCUGGUUUCCAUGAUGGAAAAGGACUUUUAUCUUGGGCGUAUCUUAACAGGACGUGUUGCCUCUGGAGUUGUUCGUGUUGGGGAUAGAAUACACGGACUACGUAUAUCAGAUUCUGGUGUUGAGAAAAUUGAGGAAGGAAAGGUUGUGAAGCUUAUGAAAAAGAAGGGUACGAGCAUGGCUCUUAUUGAUAGUGCUGGAGCUGGUGAUAUAAUAUCAAUGGCCGGGAUGACAAAACCAGCAAUAGGCCAUACAGUGACAACUGUGGAGGUUAUGAAUGCAUUACCGACUGUUGAGUUGGAUCCUCCGACUAUUUCCAUGACCUUUGGUGUCAAUGACUCUCCAUUAGCUGGCAAAGAUGGCACACAUUUGACUGGAGGAAAAAUUGGUGACCGGUUGAUGGCUGAAGCUGAAACUAACCUUGCCAUAAAUGUGAUUCCAGGCAUGUCAGAAUCAUAUGAGGUUCAAGGGAGAGGAGAACUGCAACUUGGCAUUUUGAUUGAGAAUAUGAGGCGUGAAGGAUUUGAGCUGUCUGUCUCUCCACCUAAAGUCAUGUAUAAAACUGAGAAAGGCACGAAACUUGAACCAAUUGAAGAAGUGACUAUUGAGGUAAACGAAGAGCAUGUAGGAUUGGUUAUGGAGGCUCUAUCUCAUAGACGAGCAGAAGUUAUCGAUAUGGGUCCUGUACCUGGACAGGAUGGCAGGACUAGGCUGUCUUUGACUUGCCCAUCAAGGGGCCUGGUUGGUUAUAGAAGUGUUUUCAGCAGUGACACGCGUGGAUCUGGAUUUAUGCACCGUGCUUUCCUUACCUAUUCAAAACAUCGGGGUGUGCUUGGAAAUGUUAGGAAAGGAGUAUUGGUAUCAAUGGGCUAUGGUACAAUCACAGCUCAUGCAUUGAUGAGUUUAGAAGCUCGUGGAACGCUCUUUGUUGCUCCAGGAAUGGAGACAUACGACGGCAUGAUUGUGGGUGAACAUUCAAGGGAUUCAGAUCUUGAUAUCAACCCUGUUAGAAGCAAGGAACUUACUAAUAUUCGAUCUGCUGGCAAAGAUGAGAAUGUGAAACUAACUCCACCACGCCUGCUGACUCUUGAAGAAGCCAUUGGAUAUGUAGCUUCUGAUGAGCUUAUUGAGGUCACCCCUAAGGCCAUCCGCUUGAGAAAAAGAUACCUAGACGUUAACAAGCGUAAAACCAUGAGCAAGAGGCUAAAGGAAUGAAAUCAAAUCUAACACAACUUUUUGACCUUAAAUUAUGUCACAAACUCACGAUUGUUGAAUGAAGCAGAGCAUGUAUCUUAUGCACUCAUUCAUUAUUUCCACCAAAAUAUAGUCAAUAUUACGAUGGUAAAAAAAUAUUCUUUGACACUUUUGAAGAUAACUUGUAUUCAAUAUAAAACAAUAAAGUCAAUGAUAAUAUUUGUACGUUGGUAUUUA